CAAGCCGCCAGCUCGCGCAACGCAACCCAUAUGACAGACGGAAGAGCAGGGUGCUCUUCAACUCUCUUUCUUUUUGCAGCGCAGGACAGGAAACCGCAUCUCCCGUUCCCGGCCGUUUAUUAUUAGCUGAGCUCGUGCCUCGUACACGAGGCCGGCCCUCUCGCUCUCGGUGCGUGCGUGGCUGAGCCGCUGAGAGGCAAUACGCGGUGCGUGGGGUGUGGGGAGCGAGGCGGCGGCGACGAGGGUUUUGCUGCUCCGCACACCGCGCGCAGCGGCGACGCGACCGCAGCUCGUCGCCGCCCCGGUUCGAGGAGGAGGAGGAGGAGCCGGCUGAGGCGCCUGUGGUGGCUGCUGCGGCGGGAGCGGGAGCGCCAUGAGGGGCGGCGGCGGGAGGCAGCCUUCCUAUGCGGCGUCGGACGGGGCGGAUGCGGAUGCGGCGGCGGUCCCGGCUGCUUCCAGGAAGAUGGUGCAGAGCCUCAAGGGGAUCCUGGCCGACCGCUCGGAGGGCGAGAUCUACGCCACCCUCUGCGACUGCGGCAUGGACCCCGACAUAGCCGUAGAGAGGCUCAUCUCCCAGGAUACUUUUCAUGAGGUGAGAAGAAAGCGGGAUAAGAAAAAGGAGACUAAAGUUAAUCAGGAAACAAGGCCUCGUCCAUUCCAGAAAUCUAUAUAUGGAGGAUAUAAGGCUGGUUCAGAUCGAAGUGGGAGAGCAAACUCUAUAGGCGGUUUCAAAGGCCCUGCCAAAAAAGAACCAGAGUUACAUGCUUCAAUAAACUCGUCAGCCUUAGAUGUCAACACAAGUGCCACUUCAGAAACAUUUUCUGCUACUGGCAAUGUUGCCCAGGCUGAUGCUAAGAACACUUUCCAGCCUCCAUCUCAAGUGAAACAUGGUUGGGGUGGUGUUCCAGGUCGCCCUUCCAUGGCUGAAAUAGUGAAGAUGGGCCGGCCUCAAGCUAAAGUUGGGAGCAGAUCUGUUGCAAGUAGCAUUGUCAUGCCAGCUAUUGGUGAUUCAGCCAUUCCCAAUACACCAAAUCUUGCGCCCAAUGAAUACAACCAAACUGUAUUUGCAUCAGAAGUAGGCCAUGGUGCAGCAGAUAAAUUGCCAAAUGUUGCCGAUGAGGUGCACUCUGUAUCUAAAGAUGCUUCCUCACUUGAUAUGUUACCUUCAGCAGAGGGAACAGAUGUUGAAGCCCCUUCCAUGAGUGCUAACAUGCAAGGUUCAUCAACGCCAGAUGCCAAUGAAGAUGACGUUGAAAAAGACACAAAUUUGGAAGAGGGCAAUACAGAAAGCUUGACGACUCCUGGACAAGUUUCUGCUUCUGGUAAAGGUAUACAUUCAGAAUAUACUGAACUUGUCAGUCAUCUGGAUGAAGGCUCGAUGGAGAAAACAGAUGACUUUCAGCUCGAUGCUCUUUCAUUUGAACACAAUCUAAAUCUGAAUGGAGAUGUGUCUACAACGACAACACAAUUUGAUCAUUUGACUCUGCUUGAUGGACCAAAAUUGUCUGAUGAGAAUCCGGCUGUAAUAAUCCCUGGCCAUCUUCAGGUUUCAAACGCUGAUUGUGCGCACUUGACAUUUGGUAGUUUUGUGUAUGGAACACUUGAUGCGUCCUUGACAACAAAACCUCUUGAGAGUCAUGGGGAUAUCGUAACAAUUCCUGACGAUGAUUAUGACCAAUCAGAGGGCAGAAUCCAUGACGAUGAAAGCAAGGUAACAUUAGCGCCUGCUGCUAAUGAAUAUGUUACUUCUACGUCAAACAGCAAUGUAGAGAAUCUUGAUAUUACAUCAGUACAGCAAUCUGAAGUCACUAGAUCCAAUUUCCUGGAUGUCACGAGCAAUACGGAAUACAACCUAUCAUCACCCCCAGAUUAUGCAACUUCAAGUGCAGCGCUGCAAGAUUCUACUUCACAGAGUUAUCUACAGGAAAAUCGACAAUUCCAGAGCAUUUCUCCUCUCCCAAGCUUCAUGCAAAUACAAAAUGGUCUCAUGUCACCAGCAAUUCCACCAUUGCGCGAAUUUGAUCCAGCAUUCUCACUAUUGCUCACUAAUCCUCCUAUUAUGCAUGGUACAACGUCAUCAUCCAUGAGCAGUGCAACUGUUUCUACGCAGCCCCAAGAGAAUGCCAAUCCAGUUGGUUUACCCAACCCUCAAUUGACUCAAUCUCAGCCAAGCACCAGCAUUGCUCCAGGGCCUCCACUCCCUCAGCAUCUUCUUCAUCCCUAUGCUCAAACAACCCUUCCUCUUGGAUACGCAAGCAUGAUUGGCUAUCCAUCUCUUCCACCAAGCUAUGCAUAUCUCCCACCUGCUGCUUUUCAGCAACCAUACAUGAACAGUGGCAUGUUCCUCCACCAAGCAGCAGCAGCAGUUCCCAACUCAAGUGUGAAAUACCCUCUGCCGCAGUACAAAAGCAACAUUGCCCUUGCUAGCUUACCACAGCCAGGCUCUUUGCUCUCAAGCUAUGUCGGGGGCUUUGGAACUGCAAACAACAUGCCUGGAAAUUUCCCUCUGAACCAAAGUACAACGUCGGCAACCGCAACUCUUGGGUUUGAUGGAACGGUCCCGUCACAUUUGGAAGAUGGAAACCAGUUUGUUUGUCUUCAGCAGAACGAGAACCCUGCAAUGUGGAUGCAUGGAGCUGGUUCACGAGGGAUGCCCCCACUUGCAGCCAGUACCAUGUAUGGCUAUCAAGGGCAGAGUCAUCAGACCGGCCUUCGGCAGGGCCAGCUACCUUCACAAUAUGGCUCUGCUCUAGGGCAGUCACAGCCGGGCCUGGGCCCCGAACACCGAAAUCCUAGCGAUAGUAACCUAAGUGGUGCUGCUCAGGCUAACCAGAUGUGGCCAAACAGCUACUGAUCCACCCGACCACCCCCCUUAUCAACAUCUGUGGAAGACGGUCUUGUUGUUGUGUGCGCAAACGCCAGAGGCCAUGCAAAUGCCUGUGGCCUGAUCCAGGCACGCGGAUACCAGCUGCGUGUGCAUGAGUUACUGUCGUGACAUUUUGAGAGGCGCAAGAGAUAUAUGUUGGAGCAUGUUCCACCUGUAGGGUUUGUAGGAUAUGGCCAAAAAUGUAGCUGGAUCUGUUCAUUCAAAUUCUGAUAGGGAAAGGGCCGGUCGUUUUUCGUUCUAUUUCCCCCCUUUUUUUGUCGUUUGCAUAUCUUGUGACAAUAAAACCGGAAUAUCUAACACAUCAGCACCAUUAGUUCCCCGAGGGGAGUGAAAGAUAGUCUGUUGUCUUUGCAUCACCAGUAUUGCGCCUGCCUCGCUUAAAUUUUAUGAUUGAGAUGGUUAUUUGAUGGAUGAGAAUUUCCCAACC